CUCCUGCGAGCCUGAGCGGUAUAAACAAGCUAUUCCUAAAGCUGUCAACUUUCAACAAUGUUUUCCCACAGAGAUUUAUGUACCGUCUUUUCUCAUUUUAAACAACAGAUUAUAUGAACAUUUAAACUGUGCUACAUUUUUUUGUGUUUAGCAUGAUCUCAGACAAUUUCACUAGCAAUAAUGUCAAGUGAAAAGCAAAUAUUUGCGCUAAACCAGCCUCAUGGCGCAGGAGAGAUAUUAUUCUCUUGGCAGCCAGGAAGUGGUAUUUAUUUGGCUACUGCUGGAGCUGACCAAUCCGUUGCUGUGUAUAACAGAAAUGGGAAGUUGGUGGAGAGAAUUCGACUCCGUGGAAUAUGUUGCGGAUUGGGGUGGGACUCAGAUGGUGAUCUUUUAGCCAUGAUAUCAUCAGAAGCUCCACUUAUUGUACUGUGGGAUGCCAACACAGGACGUAAACACCAAGUCGAUAGUGGUCUUCGUGAUACCAUGAGCUGUCUCCUAUGGUCUAAAACCAGCCCUGUUCUUGCCAUCGGCUCUGCAAAAGGAAAUCUCACUAUAUACAACCACUCUUCUGUCAAGAGAAUACCCAUUCUGGGGAAACACAGCAAACGUAUUACAUGUGGAGGAUGGAGCCAGGAGGGGUUACUUGCCCUGGGAUCAGAAGAUAAAUCCCUCUCAAUUAAUAAUGCUGAAGGUGAUACUUUAAGAAUUAUAAAUUUGAGAGCAGAACCAUCACAUGUCCAGUUUUCUGAAAUGAAACUUGAUGAACGUCUUGGAGGAGAAAACACUGUCAGUGUAAUUGUUGGGCAUAAAACGCUGUUCCUGUAUAAUUUGCAUGAUCCUGAUAAUCCUGUUGAGCUGGCUUUUCAAAACCGCUACGGGUCAUUGAUUACAUACCGUUGGUUUGGCGACGGAUAUAUCUUGUUAGGAUUUAAUGCUGGUUAUCUUGUGGCCAUCUCUACACAUAUUAAAGAAGUUGGUCAAGAGCUCUUCCAAGCUAAAAAUCAUAGAGACACUUUGUCAGAUAUAGCUCUUUCAACUUCUCUUGGCCAUGUUGCAUCUGGUGGUGAUAACACAGUGAAAGUACAUGACAUGAGUAAUUUACAAGACACAGUCACAGUCCAUACUCUAGAUAGUGAGGGGAAUGUGGAGCAUGUAGCUUGGAGUGAAGAUGGACAGCUACUAGCUAUAUCUACAAGGAAUGGCAACCUUGUUGUUUAUUUAUCUUGCCUUCCAAUGUUAGCAUCUGUUUAUGGUACAAAAAUUGCUGCGCUAUCCAGUCUCAAUGAAGUGACACUUUAUUCAUACAACUUUGAAAAGGGAAAAUCAAGUUCACUUGUAGUACAUACAGCUAUCGAACCAAGCUUUGUAGCAUUAGGCCCUUUUCACCUUUGCGUUGGAAUGAACAAUAGAGUGUGGUUUUACGACCUGACAGCAAUGACACAAGACUCGGGCACAGCUCCUCGAUUAAUCAAGGACAAAGAAUUUCUUGGUACUAUUACAAGUAUGAAAUUAAACGCUGAUUAUGCUUCUAUAUUACAUGAAGGAAAAAUUCAACUGCACUUGUUGGAACCCUCUGAAAAUGGAAAUGAAAACUGUGAAUCCAAGGUGUUUCCUGAUUCACCUGGCCAGGACCACACAAUCACCUGUCAUGUACUUACCAAUGACUUCUUGAUUUAUACCACUGAUAUGGGAGAUUUAUUUUACUUUUUCAUGGAGGAUUGGAAGACUGUUGUUGAAUUUCGACAUUCUGUUGGUAUUCGAGCAAUAUACCCGGAUUUAAGUGGUACCAAGAUAGUUCUUUAUGAUGCUAAGAGUGAAGGCUACCUAUUUAACCCUGUGAGCAAUGACCUUAUAAAAGUACCAGAAUUCCCGCAGAGCUGUCAGGGUGUCUUGUGGGACAUUUGGCCCCCUGAUAAAAAUGUGUUUGUGGCAUUUGAUGAUAAGUCAAUUGUUACUUAUGUAUAUGUUCCAGAAUCUGUGCAUGGAACUGUGAUUGAACGAGUUGGUGUAACAAGGCUUCCGGCUAAUCAAGUUCCACUCUUACUUAACUCUGGAGUUUUGGUGGUCCAAACUGUUGGUGGAAAGCUCAUUCAAAUGGUACUGGGCACACAUACUUUUCAAGAAGGUGGCUCAGCAACAAAUGCUGGCUUGCAACCUGCUGAUAUAGAAGUUCUUUUGAAGAAACACCUGAUGUUAAGAAGGUUCAAAGAGGCUUGGAAGUGGUGUCAACUUCUGAAUAAAAAGGAAAAUUGGAUCAUGUUAGCUGAUGCAGCCUUGAAAAGCUUGGACAUUGACACAGCUCUUCAAGUUUAUCGUCAUAUUAAAAAUGUUGCGAUGGUUUGGUCCCUUGAAGAUAUACAGAAUGUAGAAGAGCGCAAAUUACUUGCUGGGCAUGUUGCUAUGUAUCUCUCUCUCUUUGACUUAGCUCAGGAGUGGUAUCUGUCGUCUAGUGACCCAAGUGCUGCUUUGGCUAUGCGAAGAGAUUUGUUACAGUGGGAACAGGCCCUACAGCUGGCAAGAAAUCUUGCUCCGCAUCAAGUACCUUUAAUUUCAAAGGAGUAUGCUCAACAACUUGAAUUCACUGGACAUCACGUUGAAGCUCUCAGCCAUUACGAGAAAGGAUUCUUGAGUUUACCCUCCAGUGAAAGUUUGACAAGCUCAGGUGCUCUCAGCUCAGAACUGACUGAGGAUGCCAUUCUGAUACACAAUGCAGAGUGUCGUGCUGGUGUCACUCGCACCUCAAUACGUUGUGGAGAUAUUAGAAGGGGGGUUGCAAUGGCAAUGGACUCCCAGAGUAGUAAACAGCUUCAAAAAGAGUGUGCUGAAAUUCUUGAGAGCCAAAAGCAAUUAAGUGAUGCAGUCAAUUUAUAUGAAAAGGCAGAGCUAUUUGAAAAAGCUGCAUCCUGCUAUAUUCAACUCAAAAACUGGUCGAAAGUAGGACAGCUUCUACCAAAGAUAUCAUCAGCACGCAUUCAUUUGCAAUUUGCAAAAGCAAAGGAAGCCGACAGGCAAUACUAUGAAGCAAGUAAAGCAUAUGAAGCUGCACGUGAAUGGGAUAGUGUGAUUCGAAUAAAUUUGGACCACCUUAAUAACCCUGAAAAAGCAGUCAGGGUUGUACAGGAAACAAAAAGUAUGGAAGGUGCAAAAAUGGUUGCUAAAUUUUUCCAAAAGCUCAACGAUUAUGAGUCCGCUAUUAGAUUUCUUGUCCUAUCACAUUGCCAUGAUGAAGCUUUCCAAUUGGCGAGACGCCAUAAUCAACUUGAGCUGUAUGGAGAUAUUUUACUUGAAAUGAGAAGGGAUGUUAGUUCUGGAGCAGAAGCUCGCCCAGAUGAUUACCGAAGUCUGGCUUUACAUUUUGAAAAUGAAAGAAACUACUUUCUUGCUGGUAAAUUUUAUCUUCAUGCUGAAGACUAUUCAAAAGCACUAAAACAUUUGCUGAAAGUAGCUCAAACAAAUCAAGAAGACCAAGAAGCAAUUCCAUUAGCAAUAGAAGCGGUUGGGGCAGCUAAAGAUGAACGCCUUGCAACACAAUUAAUUGAGUUCCUUCUUGGUGAAACUGAUGGAGUGGUCCGAGAUGCAAAAUAUCUGUUUCAGCUAUAUAUGGCACGUCAACAGUUCCGAGAAGCUGCUAAAACAGCACUUAUUAUUGCAAAUGAUGAACAAGUCAAUGGGAAUUACCGACAUGCUCAUGACGUACUUUUGAUGAUGUACCAAGAACUCCGUCAAAGGUCGAUGCACAUUCCCGCUGAAAUGGUCAAUAACUUAAUGCUUCUUCACUCAUACAUUCUUGUCCGUCUUCAUGUACGGCGAGGUGAUCAUCUUAAAGGGGCUCGCAUGCUGAUUAGAGUUGCUAGCAACAUUUCACGAUUUCCAUCUCAUAUUGUUCCUAUAUUUACAUCUGCUGUUAUUGAAUGCCACCGGGCAGGGCUGAAAAGCUUUGCCUUUACGUAUGCAGCAAUGUUGAUGAGGCCUGAGUACAGAUCGCAGGUUGACCUAAAGUAUCAAAAAAAGAUAGAAGCUGUUGUCCGUAAACCACCAAAAAGGAACAAAUUGGGUGAAAUUGAAGAAGCAGAGGAACCUGCUACACCUUGUCCUUUUUGCAACACACCUUUAACAGAAACUGAACUGAAUUGCUCCCAUUGCAAGAAUACCAUCCCAUUUUGCAUUGCAACAGGACGCCAUAUUGUCCGAGAGGAUCUAACUGCUUGUCCUAAUUGCGACUUUCCAGCCAUCAACACCGAGUUCCGUUUAAUUGUUGAAGGUGGCGAAAGUUGUCCAAUGUGCUCUGAAAAAGUAAACGCAGAUGCCUUAUCUGUGGUUCGAGAUCCGCAGCCAUACCUAUACCCUGAGGGAGGAGAAGCUAUUCUUAGAGGACUUGAAAAACUAUCUACUGGAGCUUAACAUUUUAAUUGGCAGUUAUCAAUUUUGUUAAAUUUUAUCAAACUUCACAUAUUUCUUUUACUCAAAUUUAUCUAUGUACCGGUAGUUUUCUCUCUGGACCUUGCAUUCCACCUUGCUUGCAUUAUUGAUAAGCUUUGUGUUUUCACAAACUUAAUUUAAAGAUUUGUUCUGUUUGAGCUUGGUUUGUGGUGAGGUGGACACCAUAAGUGCCCAGCAUUUCUUGACUUGUUACCUUGUUGUUACUGGUAAUUUUAUCAGUGAAAUAUCCGUCCAUAUUUCUCUAUAUACUGAAGAUUUUGAACUUUUAAAAUGCCUGUGUGUUACCUGAAAGAUAAACUAAGCUUUAUUACGUAAUUUUUUUUUCUAUAAUUCCAGGCCUGUACAUGUUAUCUUUUAGUUAAGUUUAUGUUUCUUAUUUAUUGUUAACCCUUUUGAGGCAGAAAACUUCUGUACUAUGGCAACUAAGUUAGGCAGAGCAUCGUUAUUAGUGUUUAGUUUGAAGCACAAGAAUUAGCAUUUAGUGAAAUCAUCCACCCCUGUGGAGUGCAGUGCCUUUUUAAGAUUUAAGUAUGGCUAAAUGUUCCAAGUUUAACCAGAAGCACCUAAACAAAAUAUAUAUUCCGUCCAUUUUGUGUUACUAUUUUGCUGUUAAAGUAGUAGCUUUUACACUCUGUGAUAGGUUAAAUGAGAUUGAUACGACACCUGUGAUUAUAAUUUUUAUUCAAUGCUAUAAUUUAUUGUAGUACCAAAGACAAAGACAUCCUUCUACCAUUAAUAGUUGAAAAAGUAUGACUUUGACUUGGGUAUUAUGUAAGGCAGAAUUGGACAGAAUGAAACACAUCAUUACAUUAAGAUUUUACAAUUACUCCCCCGUUUUUCAUAUAGUUGUUUAUAUUAAUUUUAUUUUACAUUCCAUUAAAGAAGCCUUUGAGAAGAAAUUACUGUUGAACACAUAGGAAUAUUGAAUAUGCCCAGGAAUAAUUUUAGUAAAAAUACAAUUGACAUUCCUCAAGUUGUUAGGAAACCUCAUUGCCUUCAAAGAUUUUGGAAGCACAAUUACCUUUAAGAAUGUAUCGUUAACAUUGUAGAAGAUACAAAAUCUAUGAGUUGUCACAAAAAUUUGGAAGACACUGGUGUGCAAUAAAAUUAGUUGCACUUA